GUCCGAUUUGGAGGUCAACUUAUUCAAGCUAAUGGAGAGGCGGGGAUAUGGAGAAGAGUACAUUAAUCGUUAUAAGAUGAUGACAAGGUUUCAUCAUCAAAGAGUUCCAUUGGUAAUCCUUGUUUGUGGAACUGCUUGUGUUGGGAAGUCUACUAUUGCCACUCAGCUUGCGCAGAGGCUAAAUCUACCAAAUGUGUUGCAGACAGAUAUGGUUUACGAAUUGUUGCGCACAUCAACAGAUGCACCAUUGGCGUCAACUCCUGUAUGGACGCGAGACUUUAAUUCAUCGGAGGAGUUAAUAACUGAAUUUUGCAGAGAAUGCAGAGUUGUUCGCAAAGGUUUGGCUGGUGAUUUGAAAAAGGCAAUGAAGGAUGGAAAGCCAAUUAUAAUUGAGGGAAUUCAUUUGGACCCUAGCAUUUAUUUAGUAGACGAUGAGAAAUCACCUGCUGCUAUACAAGCUGAAAAUAAAGGGAUGAAUUCAACAUCUGCGGCACCAGACGAUAGUGCUACAGUUCAAACAGAAAAUACUAAUGAAGGUAGUCAUGAUGAGAAUCAUGGUGGUUCCAGGACUCUGAGUUCAACUGAGGGAAUAUCUACGGACCAAGUUGAUGCAGUAUCAAAUAAUGUCGCAUCCAUUAAUCUAGCUGGAAGCACAUCUGGGCAUGAAGGUACUGCUUCUCUCAAAGAAAUAGAGGCAGACAAAAGAAUUGUUACUAAAAAGUCAGGUCCUAAGCCAAUAAUUGUGCCUAUUGUUCUGAAGAUGGCUGAAUUUGAUCAUAAGGCAUUACUUGAGGAGUGGAUCUGCUCUCGCACAUUUACCGAGAAAUGCCCAGACAAGGAUAAAGAUAAGCUUAUAGCAAAUUUGAAAACCAUACAAGAUUACUUGUGCUCUUUCACCUCACAAGGGUUGACUGUAGUGAAUGUAUCAGCAACAACAUUUCCUCAAACAUUGGAUUGGCUCCAUAAUCACCUUCUUCAGUGCAUUGAGCAAGGUACUUCAUUAGGAUCAAAUGAACAUGUUGCGCAAGCUGGUGCAGAAUAGUUGUAAUUAUCCAAUUCUGACAGGUAUGAUAUUAAAUAUUAACUUCCUUUAAGCAUUAUAUAUAUUUUUUAUCUAAAAAUUUACAAAUGUACUUUGAAAGUCCCUGGCCAACAAGUUAAUGGUUCAGGUUUUUAGUUAGCCAUGUGCUUUCAAUCUCACACGCUGUUGACUUCUUCAUCACAAGGUUAUUGAAGUGGUUUGCAUGUUUAACUUGAGGUUGUAAGUGGAUCCCUGAAUCUGUCCAAAUGCUAUCUUCUCAAAUGAUUUGGUGGCUGCAUUUUCGCAACGUAUGAAAAUGAUAUCCCAAUCAUGAUAUCAUCAUGGCUUGGAAAGAGAAGGCAAUACAAUAGGCCUUCAUAGAAGCUGUAAUUGUUACAUCAAUGUUUAUUGUUUUCUCAACAUUUGAUGCUGAGAGCAAUUGCACAAUUAUUAUAUCAUGAUAUAUCAUGUUGAAGCAAUCUCUUAUUAUUGAAAGAAUACAAUAAAGUUCAGUAUAACCGUUCCACUGAUUGAAAAAUCUCCUCUUUUUCUUUACUGCUCUAGGAUUUGUAUCUUCAUUGCCCCUGAGGAGAUCCUUGAACAAUAACAUACCUCUAAAUAUUAUGUAUUAGUUCACCAAAGGCUAACUAGAAAUGUUUGGUUCAAUCAAUUGGAAUAAAACUUCCCUUUCAAGAAAGUGUGCAUGAUCUUAAAAGAUAAUUUUCGUUGUAAAAAUCUUGUACUC